AUGGCGGUCAAGUCACUAGCCAAGCCGCUCGUCGCGCACGUCGGACGGGGACGCGGGAUCACGCCACGCGCCUUCGUCGAGGGGUACCAGCUGGCGCAGCGACCCGGGUUCUUUCCCUCGUUCCUCCGCGGUCCCGAUUGCACCGACGGCGACGGGGCAGGAGGAGAGCGGGAUGCACGGCCGGUAUGGCGCGCCCUCUCCUCGUGGUCGCAUCGGGACGAGAGGGGGAUCGAGACGUUGCGCGGCAUGAAGAGACGGGAUACGGCCGAUCUCGUCGUUCCCGUCGAACUGUCCCGACCUGGAUUGGGAUACAAUGCCCCCCGUGAGGAGGGAGCGACGACGACGAGGGGCGGGUGGGACAGGAUCUCGCUCCCCUUUGGCCUGUUCCUCGAUGCCUUCAUCUCCCAAUCCAUUCCCUGGUCCUCUUCCCCUUCCCCUUCUCCCUCCUCCUCGUCGGCGGGGUCGGGGUCGGGGUCGGGGUCGGGGCAGGGGGAUCCAGGAGUGGUGGGGUACAUGGCGCAGUACGAUCUCCUCUCCCUCUCCCCCUCUCUCUCCUCGGACGCACCACCUCUCCCUCACACGCGUGCAGGACCGAGGGGCGACCGCGAGCAGUGGCGAUCCAACCUCUGGAUCGGGCCCGGGUGCACCUUCACGCCAAUCCACCGAGACCCGUACCACAACCUCUUUGUCCAGAUCGUGGGCCGCAAACGCAUCCACGUCUUUCCGCCCUCGGCCCACUCCAGCCUCUACCUCUUCAAAGAGGGACCGCAGCAAAACACCUCAGUCAUCCACUCCGAACGUCCCCUCCGCACCGACGGGGCAGACGACAUGCACCGCCUCUUUCCCCUCGUCGAAAAGGCACUCGGCGCAACCCACACCGCCGUCGUCGACGUCGGACCCGGCGAUGCCGUCUUUAUCCCUCAAGGCUGGUUCCACUGCGUCGCUAGCCUCGAGACGAGCGUCAGCGUCAAUUGGUGGUUCCGCUGA